UUGGAAAAAAUUAGCCACUGAACCUCAUAAUAAAAAGAAAAUCCAUUGCGAGGAAAUUUUUUUAAUUGAGCACAAAAUGUUGUCUUCUAUGUUAAAAGAGCACCAGAUGAGGCAGUCUGAGAAGAAAGAAGAGCAAGAAAAAAAACGAAAAGAAGCUAUUGCAGCCGCUGAUGAAUUAGCUCAUGCUUUAGUUGAUCAUUUAAAUGUUGGGGUGGCUCAAUCGUAUUUGAAUCAAAAGAAAUUAGAUGCUGAAGCGAAAAGAUUACACCAAGGUUCAGCUGAAUUUUCAAAAAUGACACAACAAUGGCUUAAUUUAGUAGAACAAUAUAGCAGUGCCUUAAAAGAGAUUGGAGAUGUGGAAAAUUGGGCAAAAACUAUUGCAAGCGAUAUGCAAACAAUCACUCGAGCAUUAGAAAAUGCUUACAAAACAGCGCAAGAAACUCCACAACUUUGAACCUUUUAUUUUAUAUAAUUAUUAAUUUUAGCUUUUAAUUUUAUUUUUUGU